UCCGGGUUUCAGCAGUCUGGUCCAGAUUCAGCUGCUGAGCCGCGUUCAACACACACUCAUUGUACACAAACGGGGAAAGGCAGCUCGCAGCAUCGAUCGUGGCUCCUUUAAGAAAAAAACUAAGCCAGAAUUAUCAGCCCACCUCCUCUUGAUCUCAUUUAGAAGCUAUUGCAUAAAAAAUCAACUCAGGAGAAGAGAGUGAUCAAAGAAACGAGAGAGAGCUUCAUUUUUGUGCAUUUGAGUAGUAUUCUCGUUAGGGGUGCUAACCAGUGGAAGCGCGCAGAGGAUCGUCAUUCAUUCAGCACCUUGACAAGCUCGCGUUUGAUUGAUUGACAGCCGGAGUGGCAAAAAGCCAUGAGAUGCGCUAGUUUUGAUUGAGGGGCUAUUUUCAUACUGCUUUGGAAAAGAAGGUUUUGCUCGAUCCUUGUCGCUGUCCACGGGAAAGAAAGCGAAGGGGACCUAUUCGCUGAACGCGUCUGGCUGAACUUGUGGUGAAGGACUGGCUUCAUCUCUCGCUUGAAAGAGGCAGUUGGAUUUUUGGGGAAAACAUAUCCCACGUUUGGAAUUUGCGUGCUUAUUUCCUAUUCACCCUGGCCUCAUAGGGGAUAUAUUUUUGAUAAAAGGAAGCCGAGGGAGUGUGGAGGGCGAUGGCGCAGAGGUACGAAGAUAUAACCCACUAUGGGAUGGACGGAGUAGGAAUCCCGAGCACGAUGUACGGGGACCCGCACGCCGCCAGAUCCAUGCAGGCUGUUCACCUGAACCACGGGCCCCAGCUCCACUCCCACCAGUACCCGCACACAGCCCACGCCAACGCCAUGCCGCCCAGCAUGGGCUCAUCCGUCAAUGACGCUCUAAAAAGAGAUAAAGACUCCAUUUACGGGCACCCUCUGUUCCCACUUCUAGCACUGAUUUUUGAGAAAUGUGAAUUAGCCACUUGCACACCUCGAGAGCCCGGUGUGGCUGGGGGCGAUGUGUGUUCAUCAGAGUCUUUCAAUGAGGAUAUAGCAGUGUUUGCAAAACAGAUUCGAGCAGAAAAGCCGCUAUUUUCAUCAAAUCCGGAGCUGGAUAAUUUGAUGAUACAAGCCAUUCAAGUUUUACGGUUUCAUCUUUUGGAGCUCGAAAAGGUACAUGAACUUUGUGACAAUUUCUGUCAUCGGUACAUCAGCUGUUUGAAGGGAAAGAUGCCCAUCGACUUGGUUAUAGACGACAGAGAAGGAGGAUCAAAAUCAGACAGUGAAGAAAUUACAAGAUCAUCGGGGCCCCUUGAUCAGACUUCAUGGAACAGAGACCAUGACGAUACAGCUUCUACACGCUCCGGAGGAACACCAGGACCAUCCAGCGGAGGACACACAUCGCACAGCGGUGACAACAGCAGCGAACAAGGUGACGGACUGGACAACAGUGUGGCGUCACCCAGCACAGGAGAUGAUGACGACCCCGACAAGGAGAAGAAGAGGAAUAAAAAACGUGGUAUCUUCCCUAAAGUGGCGACCAACAUCAUGAGGGCCUGGCUCUUCCAGCACUUGACGCACCCCUACCCUUCAGAAGAACAGAAAAAGCAACUGGCACAAGACACCGGGCUGACUAUACUACAAGUGAACAACUGGUUCAUUAACGCAAGAAGAAGAAUAGUGCAGCCCAUGAUCGACCAGUCCAACCGAGCAGUAAGUCAAGGAGCUCCCUACAACCCAGAUGGUCAACCCAUGGGAGGCUUCGUGAUGGACGGCCAGCAGCACAUGGGAAUCAGACCACCUGGGCCUAUGAGUGGGAUGGGCAUGAAUAUGGGCAUGGAGGGACAGUGGCACUACAUGUAACCUUCUAGUUAACCAAUCGCAAAGCAAUGGGGGAAGACUGCAAUGCAUGCCAG